AUGCAGAGGCGGAUUCCCGCCUGCCGUGAGAGAGACAGAGAGGUGGCUGUCAGUCCGGUGGGCAUCACCUGCGAGCUUGAAGAAUCGAGCGAAUGUGGGAAAACCGGAACGCAUGCCAGGAAGCAGCCCGGGCCUGCAGCAUCUGCGACGCGCAGAAGCAGAGAGCAAUACUCACCGCUGGACAAAGCGCUGCUGCUUGGGUUCCUGGGCUCUCUGAUACAAGUCACUUUUCAAAGGCAGCAGUGCUGCCUCAUGAGUCUUGGCACCUUCCCCAGGGGAAUGCUCACUGCCUUCUUCCACAGCCACAGAAAAGGCGGCCUGAGGACACGCUCUUUGCUGUUUUUCCAGCAGUCUCCCUUGCAUCUGUACAGCAUCUCAACGCCAGCAAAAGGCACAAGCCGGACAACCAAAACACAGCAUCGACUUUUGGAGCAUAAAUUGCAGAAAGAGGAAGAGCUCGAUUCGAAGGAUGCUAUCAUACUGCAUCAGUUUUCAAGGCCUAGCAAUGGUGUCCCAAGUUUAUCUCCCUUCUGUCUGAAAAUGGAAACUUACCUGAGGAUGGCUGAUUUACCCUACCAGAACUAUUUUGAUGGAAAACUUUCCCCUCAAGGGAAAAUGCCUUGGAUUGAAUACAAUCACAAGAAAGUGUCUGGCACUGAGUUCAUUAUUGACUUCUUGGAAGAGAAACUUGGAGUGAAUUUGAAUAAACACCUCGGUCCGCAGGAAAGAGCUGUUUCCAGAGCCGUGACAAAAAUGGUGGAGGAGCACUUGUACUGGACUUUAGCUUACUGCCAAUGGGUGGAAAAUCUUCACGAGACACGAAAGAUGGUUUCACUUUUUGGCCCGUUCAGUGACUUGUUGAAGUGGAUCUUCUGCCAUCUGACCAAAGGGAUCGUGAAGCGUGAAAUGUACGGCCACGGCAUUGGCCGCUUCUCAGAGGAGGAGAUGUACACGCUGAUGGAGAAGGACAUGCGGACUCUAGCAGGCCUUCUGGGUGACAAGAAGUACAUUAUGGGACCAACAGUUUCCACUGUUGAUGCCACUGUCUUUGGGCAUCUGGCACAGGCAAUGUGGACGCUACCAGGGACUCGACCAGAAAGACUAAUCAAAGGUGAACUGAUUAACCUUGCUAUGUAUUGUGAAAGAAUAAGGAGGAAAUUUUGGCCAGAAUGGCACCAUGAUGAUGAUAACACUCUGUAUGAAUCUGAGGAAAGCAGCGAAGCAAGCAAGACUUACUCCCCUUUGCAGGACUUCAGUUUUUAUUCAAGGACAGAAACAUUUGAUGAGGAAGGGAAUAGUGUUUCUCAAACCCCUGACACAGAUUACACUGGACACUCCCUCUUUGAUUCGGAUGUGGACAUGGAUGACUACAGAGAUCAUGAACAAUGCAAGUGA